CAUUGAAACAGCCCCCUGUGCCACUAAAUGUCGUAGAAACAGUCACCUCAAUUUUCGCCUUCCCCCGGCUCAUGCCGAGGUGAUCUUUGAACCGCUGGACCGCUUUCUAAUCUCUGCAACUACUGAUAGCAUAGCCCUACUAGGAUUCAUUCAGUGAACAUCCCAGAACGAACGGAGUCGAAUGUACAACAGGACCUGUCUUUAUCAUUGCAGUCCUUAUUAUAAUGGGCAUGUAACGGAAAGUUAAAGGAAAUAGCUUUGGAUCGAUGAACACUUUGCUCCGCUGAAAAGCGUUCCUUCCGUUUUWCUGUAGGAUUGUAGCAUAUUUAUUUAAAUGAAAACUCCAUGCAGUAUUUACACGUUUUCUCUUUAGAGCAAGCGACGCAUCAAAACUUUCUCCAGCGCAACUCCAGGUUCAGUCCUCGCCAGAUACAAUGUAUCACUUCAGAUCUUUAGUUACGUGCGCGCUUCUUUUUAUCUCGUUAUCGAAUUGUGUACAAGUGGACAGUAAGAAAGGACAAGGCUUUCUUGACGACAUAUUGCGGUUUUACGGUGAAAAUGGCUCUAUUUCRACAGCACACCUUGAACACUUUCUGCUGCUAAUAUCAACCAGAAGACCGGCUUUUAUUGUGGAUGAGGAAAACCCACUUAUCAAUUCUGAGUGUCCCUCUGUGGGACAGAUCUUGUCCCACUAUGAGUUGACUACACGCAGUCAGCUGACAGUGGAGCAUCUGGAGAGGAUCUGUCUGCUGUGUUUGACUCAGGUGCUGCUGCCCUCCUGCCCAUAUAAAAAAAAAAUGGCCCUGCAGCCUGUUACCUACCAUG